AUGGGGACGCAAUAUGAGAACAGCAACGAGGUCGGUGUGUUUGCUACACUGACUAAUUCGUAUGCUUUGGUAACUCUGGGUAGUUCGUGCAACUUUGCUAGCGUGUUUGAGGCCGAGCUUUUGCCGCAGAUCCCAGUGGUUCACACUACCAUCGGCGGCACCCGUGUAGUUGGCAGUGUCACUGUUGGUAACCGUAAAGGUCUCCUCGUUUCAAGCAUCUGUACUGACACCGAACUGCGUCAUUUACGCAAUUCACUCCCCGAUUCUGUGGAGAUUCGCCGAAUCGAUGACCGUUUAUCUGCGUUAGGCAAUGUCAUAACUUGUAACGACUAUGUGGGUCUGAUUCACGUUGAUAUGGACAAGGAGACCGAGGAGAUCGUUGAGGACGUGCUUGGCAUCGAGGUAUUUCGCGCCUCUAUCGCAGGGAAUGUUUUAAUUGGGAGUUAUUGUCGUUUUCAAAACAAGGGUGGUUUGGUUCAUGUGAAGACAACUACCGACGAGAUGGAGGAGCUGUCCCAGCUUCUUCAAAUCCCAUUGACAUCUGGUACUGUGAAUCGUGGUUCAGAUGUGAUAGGAGGAGACCCCAAGGAGGACAGAGCUGCAGCGUUCGCCGAAAUAGAAGCAGCCAGCGAACGUUCUGGACUUUAUAUUGGUGCGCACAUCUCCACUGCCGGUGGCUUGGAAAAUGCCGUAGUGAACGCUUACAACAUAUGUGGUCAGGCGUUUGCCCUUUUCCUAAAGAAUCAGCGUCGAUGGGACAGUCCACCUUUGUCAAACCAGACAGUUACGAAAUUUGCUGAUAUGAUUUCCAAGCAUAACUACAACCUGAAGUUCAUUUUACCUCAUGGGUCGUAUCUGAUUAACAUUGCGAACCCUGAUUAUGACAAGCGUAUGAAAUCAUAUCACCAUUUUGUUGACGACAUCCAACGUUGUGAGAAAUUGGGAAUUACUCUAUACAACUUCCAUCCGGGUGCGUAUUUCGUUUUCGCUUAUAACCCUUUUCAGGAUCUACAGUCGACGUGUAUUAACAUGGCCAUGAAGGAAACUAGUUCUGCAAAAAUCGUAUUGGAGAAUGCUGCCGGACAGAAGAAUGUUGUGGGUUCAACCUUUGAGGAUUUACGUGACAUCAUCAAUUUGGUGGAGAACAAGGAUCGGGUUACGACAUCCGCACCACAGCUAAAUUCGAGGAGCGGUUUGGAUCGUCACGAGAAUAUCGGUAUUGGGAAGCUGACUCGUGAAACUUUCGAGUUCAUUGCUAACAGUGGCUAUUUCCGUAAUAUGCCCAUUAUACUGGAGACUCCUGAUAUUCACGGUGACGAGACUAUCUACAAACAGGAAGUGAAGGAUGCGGCCGGCCGUUGUGCAGCUCCUCUACGAUUUCAUCCGGUAGAUGGACGGGUGUGGGAGCCACUGGUGGUGUUGGAGGUCGUAAGAAUCUAUUCAAGGAGCAGUUUGACGACUAUGUUGACGUCGGCGCCUCAACGGUUCGGUCGUAAGUUCAUUUUUGUUUUAGAUCAACCAAAUCGUAGCCGCGAUGGUGAACGUUGGCAGGACAUUGUGAUGGAGGAGAUAGCUAAGAAUCGGAACCGUGAUGCAUCGGACAACUUUUUGUUCGGUGAGCACAAUGUGGAAGAGCUAAAUUUAAGUAAAGCUGGUGAUCACAGCGGCAAUGUCGUUAUGCCUUCCUUCAACUACCGGCUUUCACCUGAAGGUCGUAUGAAACUGGAAGAUCGCAUAAUGCAUCUUAAGCAGAUGGCGGCGUCCAACCCUGGUGGCCAAAGGCCUGUACGCCCUAAACUGUGGAUUGUGCGUUCUGCUCAUGGCAACUACUGUGAAUUGCUUGAGCGUGAUGAAGAGCGUUUAGAAUCGUUUGUGAAGAAAGUGCGAUCACACUUUCCGCCUGAUAGGUUGGAAAUUUUUAAGAUGAAGCUUGAUGUAAAGAUGCCAUUAUGUGAGGUGUUUUUUGAAGGUGAUAUAACGGAUCUCGUACGCAUUUUCUAUGCUCGUGGUGGGACACUUCAGUUUUAUGUGUUACCUCGUUUUUGGACGCGCUGCGCACUGCUGGAGAAGGACCCUCGUUUAGAGGCCAAAUACGGUAAGGCCACUGCCCCUGGGCUUUUUCCUCAGUGGGACGAAGAUGGAAUGAUCGAGGAGCUUAUUGAUUGCAUGGAUGAGUUUCGUAUACCCAAUGCAUGGCAAUUGCUUCCCAUGGUACCCGAUCGUGACCGUGAUUUGAUGGAAAUGUUUUUCGAGAAUGUGCACUGGCCCACCCGUUUACGCGUUCAAAAGGCAUUUGAGAACGGUGUGGAAGAUUAUCGUGAUGUGAUUUCGGAGGAGUACCGGGAGCUUCAACGCCAGGAUCGUAGUCCUAGCAAUGUGUUGGACCAUUGGCUGAUAUCUGAGGCUUUCAAGAUGCUCCACAAGAGCCUGACAUGCACAGGACCACCGGAAAGAGUAUCAACCUCAUCUCCAGUGUGUUUCGUGGGCCUGCGUGCUGAUAUUGUGACCCCUAGAUCUGCAGCAGCUGCGCGCCGUGCAUAUAACCGUUGUCGAGUUAGAACAAUUGUUGAAUGUCAAUCUGAUGCUAUAUUCGGCAGCAAACCUGUUAUCUUUAAGGAGCGUGAUGUAUUGCAUACUAUCGGACGCAUCACGAACGAGAAGAUUUCUGAUACAACCCGUUUAGUAGACUGUGCGAGGAAACGCUUCACAAGUCUACUAUCGGUUGAUCCAUCCCAAUUCAGCGGCAUCGCUGUGGCAUGGGCAACAGCCGUUUGUCUGAAGCGUCGCAUGGAGAUCGAAUCUAUGAAAUUGGACGAAUCAUUUAUGCAAUCGGUGGAGGAGAAGGUGAAACGUGACCGCAUUGUUGUGGAUCUGGUGUCAACGCUCGAGAAAGAGAAGGACGCCAAUGUCGUAUCUGACCUCCAAGAGGCGUUACGGUGUCGUAUAAACACACUUGUUGACAAGCAGUUAGACAAAUUAGUAUAA